AAGCUUGGGCAGAAAUCAUCCCAGUUUCUCAAAGGAGCGAUCUCCACUUUAGCCAUUAGAUCAGAUUGACCGUAUCCCAGCAGCGUCUCACCUCAAAUGCCAAUAGCCUGUCACGUCACUUCAUCACUCUGGCGAUGCGCUUCGUGGGCGGUAACCUUUAAUGUAGACAUACUAUCGAGUUUGAAUAUUUAGGACUAGAAGCAAUCAGAGAGAUACUGCUUUUUAUUAUCAUGCUACUCAUAUGUUCCUUUACGGUUGUUUUACUGCUGAUUGAACUAACCAGGAACUCGAUGAGAUUAAUCUUUUUUUUCGGAUCUUUUAAAUAAAACAUUGGAACUGUUUCACAAAACUGAAUCGGACUGAAUAAUACCCAUAGACAGUAAAAUAAAUAAUAAUAAUACCCAGCGAUUCUGGAGUCAUCGAAUAAUGAUGUGGAGAGAAGCGAAUUAUUUUAAUAGCUUACAUAAAGCAUAAUAAACAUAUGGCAGUUUUAUCAACAGGAAUUAGAAACAAGGUUCCGUGUUAAUAAAUUGCAUUAAAACCCUAUUUAAAUUACAAUCAAGAAAUGUAAAUACAUUUUAGUUUUACCCUAACGUUAAAUACAGCAGGCUGUCACAGUGUAUUGGAGCCUGAAAAAAAAGAGAGUAAAUAAACUAUUUUCAUUGGUUGUUACGGUCAUUACGUAGCUACCCCGGAAACUCUGUGUAUUCUGGCCACGCCUUUUCCGUGAAUGUCUGUCAUGGCUGCGCACGGCGUGAGUGAGACUACAGAUGUGAUGAAAUACUAAAGCAUGUAGUUUUUCUUAGCCGAGUUCAUCUCACGUGGAGUCGCAGAUUAUUAGUUACAAUGCAACUGAAAACUAAAGAGUUUGAGUCCUUAUUUACCGACGGGCUGGUUGGUAUUGCUGAAAUAUUUGAAAAGAACCAGUUUGAGCUGAGGAUUGCAGGAGGUGCGGUGCGGGAUCUUCUGUCCGGAAAACGGCCUGAAGAUGUGGAUUUUGCCACCACAGCCACUCCAGAGGAGAUGAAGGGCAUGUUCCAGGCAGCAGGAGUCAGGAUGAUUAACAACAAAGGAGAGAAACACGGCACCAUUACUGCCAGGCUUCAUGACGAGAACUUUGAAGUGACCACUUUGCGAGUGGAUGUGCAGACUGAUGGGCGGCACGCAGAGGUGGAGUUUACCACAGACUGGCAGAAGGAUGCAGAGCGCAGAGAUCUCACCAUCAACUCCAUGUUUCUCGGACUGGAUGGGACUCUCUAUGAUUAUUUCCAAGGAUAUGAGGACCUCAAGAACAGGAAAGUGAGGUUUGUCGGCAGCGCCUCACUACGGAUCCAAGAGGACUACCUUCGAAUUCUGAGAUACUUCAGAUUUUAUGGUCGGGUGGCAACUGAGCCUGGGCAACAUGAACCCGAGACUCUGGAGGCAAUAAGGGAGAAUGGCAGAGGACUGGCAGCAAUCUCAGGUGAGAGGAUCUGGGUGGAGCUGAAGAAGAUGCUGGUUGGAAACCAUGCUGAUCACCUGCUGGAGCUUGUCUAUGAGUUGGGCCUUGCCCAGUACACAGGUCUUCCAGUAGAUGGCAAUGUUGAGGAGAUGAAGCAGAUCUGGCAGAAGGCUCAUGAGAGCUCUCCUAAACCCAUGACUAUCCUGGCUGCUCUGUUCCGAAGCCAGGAGGAUGUGGAGAAACUGGAUCUGCGACUGAAACUAUCCAGAGAGGAGAAAAACUUGGGCCUGUUCCUGGUCAAAUACAGGCGAGAUCUCGUUAAGGGACAGGAUGAACAUGACGGCAUGAAACAGUACACAGAUUUCAUCAUUGAUUCUAGAGAGCCGGACUCCCAGAGUAAAGUACUGGAGCUGCUGAAGUAUCAGGGAGAAAAUAAACUCUUAGCUGAGCUGAGCAGGUGGUCCAUUCCGCGCUUCCCAGUGAGUGGCCAUGACCUACGCAAACUAGGUUUUACCUCAGGUAAAGAGAUCGGCACCAUCCUACAGGAGCUAAGGGACACAUGGAAGAAGAGCCACUAUCAGAUGAGCAAAGAGGAACUCCUGGCCACCCUCAGCACAUCCUGAUGCCAGAUAAGAAAACACACUUGUGUCAGAAGUGCUUAUGUCUAUGCAUGCAUGUGGAAUAAUGCAUUAUGAGUCUGGGUUGAGAAGGUGAACCUCCAAAGUGUCAGUGGAUUUUGAGAGAAAUCACUGCAGUCAUAUAAAACUUUUCUAAUUUUGUCCUAUGCCUUUGCAGAUAAAAUGCAACCAAAUGUUUAGGAAUAUCUAUUGUUGCUAUCUUGGGAGUUUGUAUUGGCUAUUGGCUUUUUGGAUGGUUGUCAGUGUGCAGAAAAUGUCUUGGAGCAUCAAAGUGCACAUUUUCACAUUUUGAAUGCUUUAACAUAUGGAGUAUUUACCCCGCCGGUGAACCAUGAGCAUCAUAAACACUUUCUAAAAUGUUUUCGUGAUUAAUUAUUCAUGAAGUUUCCUAGUUGACAUUAUAUCAUAUUAAUUCAUUAACGUAAUUGGUUUGGACAAGGAUGCAUCUAAAUUGAAUGACGCAAUGAUGCAAAGUUAAUUUAGUUUUUUGUUUACUUGAUGUGGGAUUUUGCCCUUUCAGCAGAGUGGUGUAAUUAUUAUAGUGAAGGGAGUAAUUUAGCUCUCCUGCUGAGAAGACAUCUCAUAUGAAGCUGUAGCCAUGGUUUCAUUAUGAGGAAAAAUGAUGUUCCUUUUGUCAACAGUUCAUAGUUAUUAGAAGGUUAUGCAACCAGCUCUCUAGGUGUUUACUUUGAAAUAAAGUAGCCCACAUCACA